AUGGCCAAACUCAUAGAGAAGUUUUGGCGUCUUGAAGAAGCGUGCUUUCAAGACUGGGAACCAAAGCAACAUGACGAAUGCGAGGCGGAAAGUCACUUCCGCACAACGUUAGAGAUCGCUCCCGACGGGAGAUACAUUACACGAAUGCCCCUACGGGGGGAGCCGUCAUCGUUAGGCGACUCUUAUCAACAAGCAUAUAGAAGAUUCACAUCGCUUGAGCAAAGGCUCAAGCGGAAUGCAGACCUGUACAAAGAGUACAGGGCAUUCAUGAAUGAAUAUGAAACACUGGGACAUAUGGUACCAGUCACCACAGAAGACUUUCACAAAGUAAAGUAUUUCAUCCCUCACUCGUGUGUGGUGAAACCAGAUUCAACAUCCACCAAGGUUAGGGUGGUGUUCGACGCAAGUGCAAAGACGUCAACCGGAGUAUCCCUGAACGAUAUACAAAUCGUGGGACCAACCAUUCAAAAGGACUUAUUUGAUCUGCUAAUUGAUUUCAAGACGCACAACGACGUGCUAGUAGCAGAUAUUGCAAAGAUGUACAGACAAAUUCACAUCGCAUACACAGACACUUGGUUACAAUGUAUUUUGUGGCGCGACAGCCCCAACGAUCAAUUGAAAGCGUAUAGACUGACGACUGUCACAUAUGGUGAAGCGUCUUCAUCAUUCUUGGCCUGUAGGGCACUACACGAAGCAGCUGAAGAUUAUCGGUCGGUAAAUCCGAGAAUUGCCGACACCAUUCAACGAUCGUUCUAUGUUGACAAUCUAAUGAUUGGAGCGUCCAACGCAGAUGAACUGACGGAGACGAAACGAGAAAUAGAGCAUGCAUUGUCACUUCAUGGAUUUCCACUUCGAAAGUGGGCAUCAAACAACGCAAGCGUACUGGAAGGAAUUCCAGAGAAAGACUUGGAACCAUUGAUCCAAGUUGGUGACCAAGAGGUCAUAAAGACAUUGGGGAUAGCCUGGAACCCCAAAACAGACGUGUUCCAGUUCAUCAGUACGAAAAACAUAGGUGAAACAUACGAAGCGCUCACAAAGCGACAGAUGGUCUCGAAGAUUUUGAGACUGUAUGACCCAAUCGGAUUGAUACAACCUGUAAUCAUUACAGCUAAAAUAUUGAUGCAAGAAUUGUGGACUUAUAACGUCAGCUGGGACGAUGAUGUUCCAGACCAAGCACUAAGCUCAUGGAAGAAGUUCGAAGCUUCAUUAGUGGAGCUCAGCAAGAUAGAAAUACCUCGGAUGUCGACUCCGAGUCAUACGAUCGCACUAGAUUUACACGGAUUCAGUGACGCCUCCGAAAAGGCUUAUGGAUGCGUCAUUUACUUACAUGCAAUCAACUUAAAAGGAGAAGAGAGUACGAAUCUCUUAUGUUCGAAAUCGAGAGUGGCGCCUUUGAAGAAGGUCACUCUGCCCCGUCUGGAACUCUUGGCGGCGGCACUUCUAGCAGAACUAACUGCUAAAAUAAAGAGCAUUCUGGCCGGUCGAAUCUCGUCGGAAUAUUACUACAGUGAUUCACAAGUAGCGCUAAGUUGGAUCAAAUCUUCAAAUACACGUUGGGGAACCUUCAUUAGAAAUAGAGUGCAGAAGAUACACUCCACCACGAAUCCAGAGCAUUGGAAAUAUAUAUCUACGAAAGAAAAUCCGGCUGAUAUGGUUUCGAGAGGAAUUCCAGUCAGAAAAUUACGCGAAGCAAAACUAGAAUUUUGGUCACACGGACCGGAAUGUAUACGAAGAAGACAAUAUUAUCUGCAGAGCGGCUACGAAUACACUGCUGCUGCAGAACAGGAAGAGAUUAAAGAACCAAUAACACGAUUGGUAGCAGCAACAGGAAAGGCAUGCGAAGACUUAAUCGCAAAAUACCCGCACCAUCACACUCAUGACAAAACAGUAAGACACUUUGCAUGGCUGUGUAGAGCCAUAAACAAUAUGAAGAAGGUCAAUAAAGACACAGGCAUCAGAAACGAAAAGAGAUCGGGCCCACUCACCACCACUGAAUUGAAUGAAGGACUAACACUCGUAGUCCGAAUUAUGCAAGCCACUAUUUAUCCAAAUGAAGUAGCGGAAUUACGAAAAACUGGGAAGGUGCCUACGAAAGGACCUUUCCAGCAUCUCAACGCAAUCGUCAGAAAUGGAGUCAUACAUGUCACAGGGAGACUCCACAAUGCAGAAAUGCCCAUCUCACAAAAGAAUCCAAUAUUGAUUCCCAAAUCGCACCCAUUUUCGAGGGUAAUAAUUCAAAAAAUACAUGAGGAUAGAUUUCACGCCGGAACAGAUCUGGUAAUAAACGAAUUUCGACAAAGAUUUUGGAUGAGGGAUCUCCGAAGGACCGUACAAGGAGUCAUUCAACGAUGCAUCUUAUGUGCCAAAGCGCGGCCCAGACGUUUACAGCAACGAAUGGGACAACUGCCCUCGCCCAGGGUAAAUGAAUCAGUAGCGUUCACUCACACGGGAGUGGACUUAUGUGGGCCAUUCGAAGUAUAUCUCAAUCAAAAAUCGAAAUGCAAGACCACAGCAUAUGCUUGCAUCUUCAUAUGUUUUGCGACCAAAGCAGUUCACCUAGAAGUCGUCGAAGAUCAGUCGACGGCAGCGUUCAUAUCAGCACUUCUCCGUUUCACAUCAGUGAGGGGAAUACCCGAGGUUAUUUACUCCGACAAUGGGCGGAACUUUGUCGGGGCCAGCAGAGAACUCAAUCGUUUACGAAGAAUAUAUAACAAUGAAGUUUUUCAAAACAAAUUAGUUGAUAUUGCGGCAACUCACAGAAUAAGAUUUUCAUUCAUUCCACCCCGAAGCCCCAGCUUUGGAGGACUUUGGGAAGCGAACAUAAAGGUAGCCAAGCGGCUCUUUAGUGCAGCGGCCAGAGGAGCACAGCUAAACAUCAUGGAAUUGCAGACACUGUUCUACCAAGUGGCCGCAAUAAUGAAUUCGCGACCACUCACACCUGUUUACACGACGCCAGAUUCACCGACCGCGAUCACACCCGGUCAUUUUUUGAUAGCACGCCCAAUGCUAGCCGUGCCCAUCCCUACGCAGAGUAAGGAUGGAAGCAAUCUCACAACCAGAUGGAAACGAGUACAAUCGCAGCUCGAACAAUUUUGGAGAAGAUGGAGAGACGAGUAUCUCCACCAGUUACGUGAUUAUGCAAAAUGGACCAAGCAACAAGCCAACGUUAAGGUAGGCCAAAUCGUAUUGAUCGGAGACGAUCACCUUCCCGUAGCAAGGAGGCCUAUGGGAAUUGUCACACAAAUACACCCUGGAGAUGAUGGAGUAGUCCGAGUGGCAGUAGUGCGAACCGCUACCGGAAUUUACAAACGCAACGUGCGAACACUUGCUCCUCUACCAGUCGAGGAGCACACCAUUCAACCCAUUAUAGAAGAGUAUGACAACACAGCUGAUAACGAACAGCAAUCUCAAGCCGAAGCAAUCGAACUAGAAGACGAUCCCCCUCCCCAAGCACCCCAAAUGAUUUGGGACGGUAGACUACGCCCUCGUCCCAAAGGGGGGAGAAAAUGGAAGUACACGAAAUCAGAUUGGGUGACGACCCUAUGA